GAAAGCUGCAAAUAACGGCAAACCACAUGAGCAAUUUAUGUAAUUUACUCAAAAAUUCUAAUUUGCACAAAAAUCGAUAUUGCUGUAAUGCACGAAAAUCGAUAUUGCUGUAUAUAAAAGGUGGUUUCUGGUGUUAGGGUUUAGGCAACUCGUAGAUUGUAAUUUCUUCGAUUAAGAGGCUAUACUGAUGAUAUGGGUAUCCGACAAUUAGCCUAAUAAGAUGGAAUUGGGGAUUUUUUUCUCUAUCAUCUGAUCAUUCUGCAGUUGAUAUGGGAUUGUGAUUUGUGGAGCCAAAAGAGAAGGAAUGAUGGUUAUCUAGCUAAAAGCAGAAAAGAAGCAUCAAUGAGAAUGGAUAUGGAUUCUAAAUUGUGUUCGGAAUCAAGGGAAAAUUAACUAGGAUAUAUUGUAUCUAUGUGCCUGACUGCAUAUCUGAACGAGGUAUAACAACAGAGAAUGGAGUUUGAUCAUGAUCAUGAUCAUGUUAGGAGGCGAGUGGUGGAAGAAGACAGAUUGAGCAGCUUGCCAGAUGAGCUUAUUCAUAAGAUCCUUUCCUGUUUUGACAUGAAAUAUGCUGUUCAAACAUGUUCGUUGUCAUCAAGAUGGGAGUUUCUCUGGACAUCAAUGCCUUGUCUUAACUUGUCAAGUAGGGAGUUUAGCUGUUUACCAAAGUUUGCCAAAUUUGUGAAUCAUGUUUUGACUCACCGCAACCAUCAAGUAGAAGUGUCUUCUGUAAAGCUACAUUUCAAUGGAGCAGCUAGUCAGGUUUUCGUGAGAAAAAUUGCAAGUUAUAUGUUCUCUCACAAUGUCCAACAACUAACUGUUGUUUGUUUUCCCAAAAAACACCAUGAAUUCCCUCCUUCCCUUUUUAGCUCUCAGACUCUUAAGCAUUUCACAUUGAGUAACCGCCCUCUUUAUACUUCACCUUGCCUUACACCCAAAACACCUUGGGAUUUUCCAGCUUUAGCAACUUUGCAUCUUAGCCACAUCACAUUGUGUGAUGAUCACACCGAGAAGUCUGUUGAUCUUUUCUCCAAAUGUGUAAACUUAAAGAACCUCACUUUGGAGUGGUUCACUGUCGAGGCUAUUGACAUCAUUACCCCUCGACUUUCUAAUCUCGUGCUUAUCAAAGGCAGACGCUCAUUGGUCAUCAACCUGGUUGCACCUCAACUUGAACAUCUCACAAUAAUUGAUUGUUCAAUCGAUUACUUGAAUGCUCCACCAGGGCUUUCAUCUUUGUGCUACACGGGUGAUCUUCCUCAACAAUUCUCCAAAGAUGGAUUUCAUUCUCUGAACAAAGUGUCUAUCUGUUGUGAUAUGUAUAGGCAAUAUAAGGAGAAAGUGGCACGCAAGGCUAUUAAAAUGCUUCAAGAGCUCCACAGUGCCAGAUAUCUCACACUUAAUGUGGACUUUAUUGAGUGUCUUUCCUCUUAUCCAAAUUUAUUAUCACACCAUCCAUCACCUUUUAGCAGCUUAAUCUGCUUGACUAUAGACUCUAGCACGAGGAAUGAUGCAUACAAUGUAAAAAUGUCUACCGAAGCUAGAAACUUCUUUCUUGAGAACUCUCCAAAUGCCACAUUCAUCAUGGAAUUACCCGAGCCUCCACCUACAAAAGCAAUGAAGCAGAAAGAAGCUAGGGCAAAAAAGGCUAAACGCGCUGCAGAGAUUGCAAUCCAUAUGACAGAAUUCCAGGCAUUGUUAGAUCAUGAUAAUAUGAAUGUUGAGCGAACACAAGCAAAGGAAAAGGUUAAUGUUACCCUUGAGAAGCUCAUGGCACAAUCAAAAGCUCAAGUAGGGAAGAUGCAUAACCAGACUGAGAGACUUAUGGCAGAGUUUAAGAUCUGUGUGGAAGAGGUGCGGGAUUUGGUUAAUGAAGAAGAAGCAGAAGUUAAAGCAAUCAUUUCAAAGGGAACCCUAAUAAGAUCAUUACUGGAAGAUAUGCCUAAGAGAGAGAGGACAGAGCUUGUGAACAAUUCAUGUCUCAUUGCAUCUCAAAAUAUCUGGCAUCAUCUAAUUCCUCCACAACAAUUCCUACACCCUCCACAUCGAGCAUCAACCCUAUGCCGUGAACCACCCACCCAGGGAUGUUAAUGAUUAUGCCAAUAUGAAGAUGUUAGUCCUCAUUGGAUUCAUGAAAAAGUCGGAUGUAUCAUCGUUUGAAUUGGGUUUUGUUACAUAAAUUAAUGAAUCUUACUCUUUUGGUUCUUUUUUCUACAGAUUUUUUUUUAUUACUAUAUGCCUUAGCGAAUGUUAAUGAUUUUUUUUUUGAAGAUUACAACACAAAAACUCAGUUCUUUACAACAAUGUCACUCCUUGCAAUAAUGUCACUCAAUUUCUUUUUGUU